AUGAAGGAAGAGAACCUCUGCCAAGCUUUCUCCGAUGCCUUGCUCUGCAAAAUUGAGGAUAUUGAUACGGAGGACUGGGAGAACCCGCAGCUCUGCAGUGACUACAUGAAGGAUAUCUACCAGUAUCUAAGGCAGCUUGAGGUGGUGGCAGCCACUUCCUGCCUGUCCCAGAAGGUUCUAAGUCAAGGAAAAUGGAACUUAAAGCAGCAGUAUUACACUGGCUACAUUGAGAGCGAGGUCAUGCGGUACAUGGCCAAAAACAUCGGGCGUGUCAACAAGAACGUGACCAGGUUCACCACCAUCAAGAAUAAGUAUACAAGUAGCAAACUCCUGAAGAUCAGCACAAUUCCUCAGCUGAAUUCAAAAGCCAUCCAGGAGCUUGCCUCACCUCUGCUGGGACAGUCCUAG